AUGAAGCCAGCUGAUAAGGUUGAUAUGAACGUGAAGAUCCUACUCAUUGGAGACUCCAAUGUGGGGAAGAGUUGUAUUUUGAUGCGUUUCAUUGAUAACAAGUUCACAGACCUUUCGCCCACGAUCGGUAGCGAGUUGCUUUUUUGUAUGUGA